GUUCAGAUUCAGCUCUUUAAUUCUAUGUAUCAAAGGAUAUUUGCAAUUUGGACACUUCACUGUCGAGAUCGAUUGACUCGAAGGAGUCGAAAAAACUAGAUGACACAUCCUCGAGCAUAUCUAGAAUAUAAUAAUAGUAGUCUCCCAAGUUGGAAUUUAUUAUUUUUAAUUAUUCUACAAAGAAAAAUCAAAUACUACAAUCAAAUACUUGGUUUUUAAUCGGAUUCAAUAAAUUAAGCUAUUAGGUGGGUGAGGAAGAGAGGGAAUUCUCAUUUCGAGAAUAAUUAAAAAAUUAUUGUUAAUAAAGAUAUAAUUACAUGCUAACAUUACAAACAAAGCAUGUACGUACAACAGAUUUACGAGACAAUUUACUGAAAUGAGCUAAAAAGAUGCACAGCAAAUAAAAUACACUAAUAACUUAAACUAUUCGCCAAUAGCGUAUUUUCGCAACAGUUUCAAAUGGAGAUCGAUCGACUGGGGGGAGGGGGGGGUGUAAUCAGACCUCCUAAUCCUCCUUCUCCCCGCCGCUAUCAAUCCCGAAUAAUAGGUAGACACGGAGCAAAUCGAAAAUUUCUUGGCAAUGCUCGAGGUUGCCAAAGUUUGCUGAUAAGGAACGUCAAUUAAGGCAGCCCCAAGCUCUAAUCGUCGAUUUACCAAAAGUUUCUGGCUGUAAUUUCUGCGCCAUCGCCGGCAAGCGAAAUUGUAACCCACUUCUCGGGAGGAUUUAACCGAUCGAAUCGAUACGCAAGAUGAUACGGAGAAAGGAUAAGAAUUGUAGAAGUAAAAGUGUAUUCUGGUCAAUAGCAGAUGUCAAUAGAAGAAAAUUAAUGAGAGAUUGUAAUGUCUUAAAGUAAAAUGAAUGAAAAAAAGUGAUGAAUGCAGCGACGAAAUGUAGAGCACGUAACCGAAGGAAGACUAGCGUGCAUUUGCAAAAACUGAGGGUCAACAAAAAGAAAAGACGUCUCAAGCGGGGUAACGAGUUCAAAGUUGAUGCCUGUCGUCGUUUGCACGAGACAAGGUCGUGCAGGUAUGAAGAAUCUCAGCCGAAAGAAAAAGAGAAAAAGGGGUGGAGAAGGGAGAGGACAAACAAGGCGGUCACGGGAGUAAACGAGUGAGAAAAGAAGUCGAUCCACGCCCAGGAAUUGGAAUGAUCGAGCCGUCAGACUUGCCAUGGCAACUGCGGACAACAAGCUGUCAGAUGAUGGGCAGAGUUUUGAUCAAUAAUACCGGCAGUGACUGGCUUGCCUGCCGGCAGUUCUCGAGUUCGAUAUACGGAGUCGCGCGAACAGUGAUUUUGACUCCAAACAAACAGCACGUGGCUGCCGGCUGUUGUAGUAAGGACAGAGGGUGGCGAAGGGGUUAAGAGAGGGUGGUUCCGACACGUGACGAAGCGAAGGCGAGCGACGUGUACCAGGCUGAGUCACGGAGGAUGGAUUUGAGCGAUGCGAUUUUCGAUCGAGAGAUGCUAAUUCCUCGUCCCUGAAUUACGAACUCGAGACUCGAGCCGCCAGUCAGCUAAGAGUGGCACUGACUACUGAUUGCGAUACCGACGUUUCGGUACUUCGAUAUGCUUACUUAUUGAAAGAGUCUGACCUACUAAAUUCGUACGAACGUUUCACUACAAUUGAAACACGCACACAAAAGACAUACCAUAUUGAAACAAAGAUUAAAAUUUAUUAUUGAUAGAAGAAUUUUGUCUCCAUGGAAAGAGAAGCUACAGAAAAGUUUUUGGGAUACAUUUUUAAGUAAAAAAUAUUAUAAUUUAAUAUAGCAACUCAAAAUGUAAUCUACAAUUUUAAAAAUGGUAUUAAAUGGAUAAUAAAUAAUAAUAAAUAAUUCUCUAGCUAUUCUUUCAGAAUAAUUAUUUUAAAAAUAUGAAAAAGAUUGCAGAAAGGAAUCGCUUUCUGUUUCGAUUAACGAAAUAGUGAAAAGAGAAUUAUAUCAAUUCUACGAAUAUUUUUCUCUACUCUUAUUUCAACAUGCACCACAAAAAAUUUUUCGAUUAGGGAAAAAAUUAAUAUAUUAUGAUUACUAAAGCUAUUCUCUCUCUUUUUAUUUAAAAAACAUUUGAAAAUUAUUCACGUUGUUUUUCACAAUCGAAUGGCUUUACAAUACAUACGUAAUGAGAGACUCGACUGGAAAAAGUUAAAUUAAAUUUAUAAUUAAAGCCAUAAAAAAAAUUCUACUCAUUCACGAUAUCUCUCUUCGAAAUGGGUAAUUUCCGUAUUCUUCCGUGCUAUUGAAAACGAAGCAAAAAUAUUUCGGAUGUGUAAAUUGAGGGAAAUAUCCUGUACAUAUGUAGUCCCAAUAUCGUGAUGUUACAUCACCGUGGCCUCGAGGGCAACGUAUAACAAAGUGAGCGAGGAGUUCGACCACCCUGGCAGCGCUGACAGUGAUCGUAAUGACGGAGGUUAAUGGUACCAGUACAACUAUAGGGUUCGUGUGUUGGCUCCCGUUCAAGGCAGUGGGAGGGAAAGAAAGAGAAAAUGAGAAGGGGAAAGCCCAAUACACCUGUGCUCGACGAACGCGUUGGUGAACCGGGCUUGGGGUACACACCGAAGGCUGGUGGAGGGCAAUGGAUGAGGGUGCAGUCAGUCAGUCGGCGCCCGGUCGUGGCGUCGACAACGUCCCUCGAUGGAACUCCUCGCUCCUCGAGGACUGAAGAAACCUAAAUAUUAUAUUUGUAUUAAGAAAAUUUUCUCUUUUCUUUAACUCGACCUGUGUUAUCGCCAAGGGGUUGUUUCCCACGCCAAUGAACGAAUGAAGCUCUGUCAGAAAGAUUCUGAAGAUUGCCGAAAGGACGCACCAACAAUGCGAAGACGAUUAUCCAGAGAUGUCUAGCGGUAGGAGAGCGACGCGACCUGUCAGGCAGCUGUCGUUGCAGCAACCCGCGCCGCGUCGACAGCACCUGAGACGACAGAGAUCAGCGGAGGAUGAUUGCGGCAAGUCCUUGCAGAUCUACGCGAAUCCAAUCGCGCGUAGAUCAGCCGCCAAUGCGACGGAGAAGCCCAAGGUGCGAGUCGCCUGGGGCGAUGAUCGUCGCGGCUGCGACAGUCUGGCCCAGGUGGAGGUGGUGGCUCGGCAGAUGCCGAGUCGAUCCAGACCGACCACGGGUCGAUCUGGUAGGACUUAUGCCACCACGGAGAAGGCGUCGAUCCUUUACUCGCGGCAGGAACUCGCCGAGAGGCUGCGACUCGCGUGGAAGCACCGCGAACAGAACAAAGCGAACCUCGACAUUUUUCUAGCACAUAGCGUGGCAGUGGAAGAACGCUGCGAUUCUCAAUUAUCGAUAUCUGUCCCGUCGACCCCUCACCCUAGGAAGGAGCCCAAUUCUAUUCAGGAAAAUGAGAAAAAAAGCCAGCGGAAUCCGACAGUGCCGAGCACUUUGGAAGACCGAGAGAAGGAAAUGUGUAAGGAACAUGAUAAUGGAGAUGAAAGAUUAUGCGGGAAGAAGCUGGAGACUGUGUCUCGAUCGACGGAAAAUGAUUUGUUGACGAAAGGGGAUGAGACCGCAACGAAAAGCAUGAAAAAGGAAGAAAGAGAUAAUGAGAGCUCAGCAGACACGCGCGAUAAUCUGGACAUCGAGGAGGAGGAGGAGGAGGAAAAAAAGAAGAAGACGCGUAUUAAUAUCGAUUGUACAAAUCUUCAUCUUCCAACGACCGAACAGUCGCAGCCAUCGGCGACUUUUUCAUGCUUGAAAGAGGAAAAUGCAGAUUCGACGAAGGCCAACGCCGAUUUCACCUCGGCGAAGCAGAAGCGCGCGAGCUUUCACAGCGGUACCAAUCGCGCCUUCCUCGUGCCGAUGGUGGAGAAAUCGUCGCCGAAAGGACCAGAAACGAAGAAUAAGCUCGCACCGGCGAAAUCGAUCGAGAUCAGAUGCGCUUCGGCCGACAAGACCGCGACGAGAUUGACGGUCGACAAGAGCGCCGUUCUCACGAGAAGCUCAUCCACGGCGAGCCUGGAAAAGGCGAAGAGGACGAAUUCCGCGCCGCCGCAGAGGCGAAAUCUUGCACCUGCGGCGCGCGUUCAGGUGAGCAUCGUAAUCGACGCGCCUGGUCUCACCGAGGCGACGGAUAAAUCGAUCGUUUGCGAAAAAAUGCAAGACGGAAAAGAUGCCGUGGAAAAGUACGAGGAAGGUGCGAUCAAGAUAUCGCGAGGGGAGCGAUCGAUAAGAUCGGCGCCUCUGAAGAGGCGAUCGAGAAGCGCGAAGAGGCGUCUCCUUGCUUCGUCAGGCCUGAAGGACGAGGAUCGCGGAGGGCGAGGAAGGGCUUUCAUGGAUCCCAAAACGAGUGAUGUGGUCACCAUGGUGUCGCUGGUCAGCUCAGCUGACAGCGAUAGCGAUGUGGAGAAUUCGCCGGGCGACGACAAGCUUAUCAAUGAGCUGCGUAGCAAGCUACCCACCACGCCUAUCAUCAAGACAUCCAUCAACCCCAACCCCAGCACAGUGAGAAAGCCCAUCAAGUCAGUUUCCUUCCAGAGGGACUCGUUCGACGACGAGCCGACAAAGGAGGAGAAGCGAAUCAUCAGCAACAUUCAACUUCCCCGCUUUGGCUUCGCCGUUAACGUCGCUCACGGAAGCGGCGGUGAAGACCUAGAGCAGCAGGACAGCAGGACUGUCAAUGAUAAUGUCGUUACGAUGCCGACGCUGGUCGUCGAGCCCUUACUAAUUCCGCAGGAUACCGAGAAGACAAUAGAAGCCGAGGCACCGCUGACUGAUCGCGAGAAGAGGUGCCUGGCGGUGCCGAUCGGCGAUCUGCACGACAAGAAGAGGAAGCUGCUGCGAACGCGCAGCACACCGAUUCGCCCGAUAGUAGCAGAACGGACGAAUAAUGCACCGAUGGAAAUAAAAGAGCAGAGGAUACCUCUGACGAUACCGCGAGUAGAUAUCGUCGCGAUUCCAGCUCCGCCAAUCGACACCCCACUUACAAAAGUCGAGCAAUUUCCUAAAGAGACGAUGCCGACUAAAGAGACGCCACCAGAAGCGAUGCUGCCGUCGGAGCCACAUUUUCAAACGACCAAGGAAAAGGAAUGCUGGCAUCUUUAUAGGCGGAUGUGUGAUAAGGGUGUGUGCGUAUCCUUCGACACUGUUCUAAGAGGCAUGCUAACACCGACGGAGUAUCGAUUGCGUCAGAAGGAAUAUUCACAGGAUUUGCGAUGAAAGUCGUGAUGAAGAUGUUGAAUUAUUUUAGAUACUUUUAGAUAUUUAGAUACUUUUUUAAUGAAUCGAUUAUUAUUUUCUCGAAUCGACUGUUCGAAUCGAAAACAAUGAACAACAAAAGAUAUUAUAUUAUACAUACAUGGUGCGUCCGGAAAAUAAUUUUUUUACAAAGGAUUUAUUGAACUUUUCGGUACAACACAUCAAAAUGCUUCAAAAUAGGCUCCUCUUGAGUUGACAUGUGAAAGACAAGCAUUUUGGAACAAUUUAGGGGAUCAAAGCAGCUUGUACCGCGGCUUUAAAGGAUAUUCCGGAGAUGAUCUACCAUGACGCAUUCGAUACCUGAAAAACUCGUUGGAGCCGAUGUGUCAACUCAAGAGGAGCCUAUUUUGAAGCAUUUUGAUGUGUUGGACCAAAAAAUUUAAUAAAUUCUUUGUAAAAAAAUCACUAACAUUACUUUCCGAAUGCACCAUAUGUAUGUGAUUUAUAUAUGCAAUUUAUUACAAUGCAUAAAAUGCAUAUAUUUCUCUAUCAUAUUAUAUAUUAUAAUUUGCAUAUAUAUAACUUAUUAAUUACUAAUUGUUAACCUUUUAUUUGUAUAUAACUUAUAUUCAUAUAUAUAGAAUAUAAGGUACGAAAGAUCACACGCGAGAUAGCCAUUGUUAAUAUUAUCAUCAAGGUUAAGUAAAUGACACCUUGAUAAUAAUAAUUAAUAAUACCAAUAAAUAGGCACAUAUGGUAAAGUAACAGGCACAAACCGAAUUACCUGAAAUUAGAUGGUUCCUAUUAAGCCUUAAAUAAAAUCCUACUGCCUCUUUCUCAAUUUUUUUAUAUUCCCGAAUUAUUUUUAAUUCGUUUCUGAUAAUAUAUUUCAAUUCAGUAUCGGGACAGUUUUAACACAUUCAAGUACAGAAAUGCAUUUCGUAAGCCAUAAAAUCUGUCUGUUCUUUUAAUUAUGUCGUACUUUGGGCACCGAGAAUAAGACAGAUAUGCAGUAAAUGUUAAAGAGAGAAAAAAAGAGAACUAAAGAGAACAGAUCCUUUUCUUAUUCUUUUCUACAGGAUGAAUAUUUUUCUUUGUAUGUACAUUCUCUUGUAUUCAUAUAUUUCAAAUAUACCAUGCGUUCGUAUUAUAUAUCCAAACACAAGUUAUUAAAUUAACGUUACAAUAAUUAAGGAGAGAAUGAAAGGUUUGUAUGGUCAAAUUUAGGCGAAUUUAUUUCAAUAAAAGGAAUAAAUAAAGUGAAGUUGGCGUGCGAAAAUUGAGAUUGUUCGAUGAUCGUGCAAAAAGGAAGAAAAAAAAUUGACUACUAGAGUCUUGUAUGUGUACAACCCAGAAAUUGUAAAAGAAAGUUUUCAAAUACAAAUAAAAAUAAUUUUAAGGAUUAAGACUUUCGUGAAGAUGAUCUUAUCAUUAUCACGAAACGAAGCACAAUUCAAA